AUGGGACGAAGGGUACCCAGCCUUUUGAUACUAUGGCUGGCCCUUUGCUAUGCGAGUGACAUUAAAAGAGGAAGAGAUCCUAGUCAUGGCCACUAUGUCUGCAGCACCUGGGGGAACAACCACUUCAAAACGUUUGAUGGUGAUUUCUACCAGUUUCCUGGCCUCUGUAAUUACAACUUUGCUUCUGACUGCCAAGGGUAUAAGGAGUUCUCUGUCCACAUCCAGCGUGAACUGAACGACCAAGGACACCCUGACAUCCAAUAUGUUCUUGUCACAGUUAAAGAUGUUGCAAUCUACCUCACUCACAAAAUGGUUGUGGUGGAUGGGCAAAUUGUAAGAACACCAUACUAUAGUUCUGGUAUCCUGGUCGAGAAGAGUGAUAUAUACACCAAGCUCUAUGCCAGAGUGGGAGUGAUUCUACUUUGGAACAGAGAAGAUGCCUUGAUGCGGGAAGAGUGUGAGGCGCUGCUGACGGCUCCCGCUUUUGAGGACUGUCAGUCCCGCCUGAAUCUGGAGCAGUAUAUCCAAGCGUGCAUGCAGGACAGAUGUGCUUGCGGCCAAGCUGAGGACGCCUUUUGCCUCUGCAGCACCAUCUCGGAAUAUUCACGUCAGUGUUCGCAUUCAGGUGGCAGGCCUCAGAAUUGGAGGACGUCGCAAUUUUGUCCGAAGUCUUGUCCUGGAAACAUGAUCUAUAUGGAAAGUGGCUCACCCUGUAUGGACUCCUGUUCACAUCUGGAGAUCAGCAGCCUAUGUGAAGAGCACUACAUGGAUGGGUGCUUUUGCCCUGAAGGCACAGUGUACGAUGAUAUGACUGGCAACGGCUGUGUGGCAACAAGCCAAUGUUCCUGCAAGCUUCAUGGGAAUUUAUAUUCCCCUGGGCAAAACAUCACCAAUGAGUGUGAAAACUGCACCUGCCAGUCAGGUAGGUGGAUAUGCCAGGACUUACCCUGUCCAGGUACAUGUGCUCUGGAAGGAGGAGCUCACCUCACCACCUUUGAUGGGAAGAAAUACACUUUUCAUGGAGAUUGCUACUAUGUGCUGACCAAGAGCAGUAAAAAUGACUCAUAUGCCCUCUUGGGAGAGCUGGGCCCCUGUGGUUCUACAGACAAACAGACAUGUUUAAAGAUGGUCGUUCUCUUACUUGACCACAUGCAAAAUAUUGUGGUUUUCAAACCCGAUGGUACUGUAUUACUGAAUGAGAAUGAGGUCCACUUGCCCCAUGUAUCAGCUAGCUUCUCAGUUUUCCAGCCAUCUUCCUACCAUAUUAUUGUACAGACAAAUUUUGGCUUGAAGCUGCAGAUUCAGAUGGCUCCAAUCAUGCAGUUGUUUGCCAUUGCGGAUCAAUCUGUCAAGGGAACAGUCCAAGGUCUUUGUGGGAAUUUCAACGGAAUAGAAGGGGAUGACUUCAAGACAUCAGGCGGAAUGGUCGAAGCAACGGGGGCUGCCUUUGCUAACACAUGGAAAGCACAAAGUAGCUGUGCUGACAAGGCGGAUAAAUUGGAACACCCUUGCACUCUUAACCUUGAAAAUGAAAAUUAUGCUGAGCAUUGGUGCUCUUUAUUGAAAAGUUCCGAAAGCCCUUUUGCCAGAUGCCACUCAGCCAUCGAUCCAGCCGAUUAUUAUAAGCGCUGCAAGUAUGAUACCUGUAGCUGUGAUGCCAAUGAAGAAUGCAUGUGUGCGGCCCUGUCAUCUUAUGCAAGAGCCUGUGCCUUCAAAGGGGUCAUGUUAUGGGGAUGGAGAAAUACUGUCUGCAACAAAGAAGUGUCCUCCUGUCCAGCUACCCAGGUCUUCCGUUACAAUCUGACCGUCUGCCAGCAGACCUGCCGUUCACUUUCUGAAGGCGAUAAGCAUUGCUUGCAGGGCUUCAUUCCUAUAGAUGGCUGUGGCUGUCCCGACAAUCGCUAUCUGAAUGACAAGGGCGUCUGUGUGCCAGUUGCUCAGUGCCCAUGUUACUACAAAGGUUCAUUCAUCGAACCUGGUGACUAUUUCAUGAAACAGGAGGAGCGCUGUGCUUGCCAACAUGGAAAACUUAACUGUGUACCAGUGAUAAUAACAGAUCAUGACUGCUCACCCAAUAAGACUUAUUUUGACUGCAACGACAUUGCCUCUUGGUCUUCCCAAACACCAGUACAGCUUAGCUGCCAGACCCUGGGCGCCGCUCAUUUCCAGACAGAGUGUAUCUCAGGGUGUGUAUGCCCCAAUGGAUUGAUUGAUGAUGGCAGAGGGGGAUGUGUUGAAGAAGAGGACUGCCCAUGUAUUCAUAACAAAGAGUUUUAUGCCCCUGGAGAAAGAAUAGAUGUGGACUGCAAUGAAUGUACUUGUCAAAAUGGAAACUGGGCUUGUACCCAAUUUGUAUGUCAUGGGGCAUGUAUCAUUUAUGGAAGUGGCCAUUAUAUCACCUUUGAUGGAAAAUACUAUGACUUUGAUGGAAACUGUGAAUACAUAGCUUCCCAGGAUUACUGUGGCCGCGAACGACACCACGGAUCGUUUAGUAUCAUCACAGAGAAUGUCCCAUGUGGAACCACUGGAGUUACCUGCUCCAAAGCCAUUAAAGUAUUUCUAGGGAGUACUGAGCUAAAAUUGGAAGACAAAGAGAUAGCAGUAAUUACGCGGGACCUUGGCAACCAUGUGAAAUACCUGACUCGUAAAGUUGGACUGUACCUUGUUGUUGAAGCUAGCAAUGGUGUUAUGCUCAUUUGGGACACGAAGACUACUAUUUUCAUCAAGCUGACACCAAACUAUAAAGGCAAAGUUUGUGGCUUAUGUGGUAACUUUGAUGACAAGGCUAAUAAUGACUUCACAACGAGAAGCCAAGUCCAAGUAAACAAUGCACUGGAUUUUGGAAAUUCAUGGAAAAGGGAUAGUGCAUGUCCAGAUGUGGAUGUAGACAUCGAGCCCUGUGACCAAAAACCUCAUCGUAAAUCCUGGGCAGAGAAGGAGUGUGGCCUCAUUACAAGUGAAGUUUUUGCAGUAUGCCAUCCCAAGGUUAAUCCAAAGCAAUUCUAUGAAGCUUGUGUCCAUGAUGCAUGUGCCUGUGACUCUGGUGGGGACUGUGAAUGCUUCUGUACUGCAGUUGCUGCCUAUGCACAAGAAUGCAUCAAAGCUGAAGCUUGUGUAUUCUGGAGGACUCCUGAUAUAUGCCCAAUCUUUUGUGACUACUACAACCCUAAGGAUAUAUGUAAAUGGCACUAUGAGCCUUGUGGACGUGAAAUUAUGACUUGCAAGAUGCUGAACAACAUUGCCACCAACUUUUCAGUGCCAUAUUUGGAAGGUUGCUACCCUCGAUGUCCUCCAGAGACACCUAUCUUCAAUGAAGAGACCUUCAACUGUACAACCGCAGAGUUUUGUGACUGCUAUGUUGAGGGCAAACCCUAUCCACCUGGCAGUCGAGUACCCACAGAUCAGCUGUGUGGGGAAUGUAUCUGCCUCCACGCGGGAAAUGUGAGCUGUGGCCGUAGACCAGACUGUUGCGUUUAUAAUGGCACAGAGUAUGGUAAAGGAGACAGCGUUGUUGUGGAAAAUGGAGCGCUCUGUUACAACUUAACAUGUGAAAAUGACACAAUGGUGCCUUCGAAUCCAUUCCCCUGUGUACCAGUUUCAACUACAGUUCCCACAACUACCACUACAGUGAUCCCUUCGUCUACUAGUACAGCCUCUACCACAACCACAACCUCAACCUCAACCUCAAUAUCUUCAACAACGAAUUGCUAUGAAAUCUGCCAGUGGAGUCAAUGGUAUGACGUUAGCAAACCCAAAGACGAGCCAGGUGGCGGAGACUAUGAGACUUAUGAAAACAUAAGAAAGAAAUAUGGAGACAGUUUUUGUUCAGCCCCUCAAAAUAUAGAGUGCAGGGCUACAAAUUCGCCUGACCAAAGUCUGGAAGAACUGGGACAGAAAGUGAAAUGUAAUGUUACUUAUGGGCUCGUUUGUAGAAAUGAAGACCAGGAUAAGAGCCUCUGGGACCUUUGCUAUAACUAUGAGAUAAGAGUCAACUGUUGUUCUAUAUAUUGUGGUCCCCCAACAACCACUACAAUCACAACUACCAAGCUGCCUACCACUACAACCACACCAAGUACCACUACACCAACUACUACUUCUACUCCUACUCCUACUCCUACAACUACUACCCAAUCCACUUCAGAAACAAGCCCUACUACCUCCCUGUCUCCCACAACCACAACCACCACUCCAACGCCAACCCCAACCACUCCAACGCCAACCACCACCACCACCCCAGAAACACCAACUAGUACCACCACCUCACCAUCAACCACAACGACCACCUCAACUCCAACACCAAGCACUACUUCCACCACUUCAGGAUCAACCACAGCACCGUGUACUGAAUUCUGUGAAUGGUCCAAGUGGAUAGAUGUGAGUUACCCCCGUUAUGGCCCAGAAAAUGGUGAUUAUGAAACAUACGACAACAUCAGAGCCCACGGCAUAGAGGUCUGCUCCAACCCUCUGAAUAUAUCCUGCCGAGCAGUGAAAUACCCUGGGCUCUCCUUCCAAGAGUUGGGCCAAAAAGUGAAAUGUGAUGUUUCAACUGGGCUUGUCUGUCACAAUAAAGAACAGGUUCCAGGGCCUGUGAUGCCUGCUGAUGCCUGUCUCAACUAUGAGAUCAGCAUAUACUGCUGUAGUAUUAUAUGUGCAACAACACCUAUUAGUACUACUACGCCAUCUACCACAACCACUCCAGAAACAACAACUAGUACCACCACAACGACCACCUCAACUCCAACACCAAGCACUCCUUCCACCACUUCGGGACCAACCACAGCAGUGUGUACUCCCAGUACUGAAUUCUGUGAAUGGUCCGAGUGGAUAGAUGUGAGUUACCCCCGUUAUGGCCCAGAAAAUGGUGAUUAUGAAACAUACGACAACAUCAGAGCCCACGGCAUAGAGGUCUGCUCCAACCCUCUGAAUAUAUCCUGCCGAGCAGUGAAAUACCCUGGGCUCUCCUUCCAAGAGUUGGGCCAAAAAGUGAAAUGUGAUGUUUCAACUGGGCUUGUCUGUCACAAUAAAGAACAGGUUCCAGGGCCUGUGAUGCCUGCUGAUGCCUGUCUCAACUAUGAGAUCAGCAUAUACUGCUGUAGUAUUAUAUGUACAACAACACCUAUUACUACUACUACGCCAUCUACCACAGCCCCUACUAGCUCCCUGUCUACCACAACCUCCACUCCAACGCCAACCCCAACCACUCCAACGCCAACCACCACCACCACCCCAGAAACCUCAACUAGUACUAUCACCUCACCAUCUACCACAACGACCACCUCAACUCCAACACCAAGCACUAUUUCCACUACUUCGGGAUCAACCACAGAUUUCAACAGUGAAGACGACUACAUCCACAACCACAUCAACCACCCCAAUAACCACCACCACUCCUACUCAGACGCCAAGUACAACUACAGCACCCCCUACCACUACCCCGAAUUGCCCACAACCACGCCUACUGAGACAUCAUCCACAACCACAUCAACCACCCCAAUAACCACCACCACUCCUACUCAGACGCCAAGUACAACUACAGCACCCCCUACCACUACCCCGGUUCCAACCACAACCACAGAAUUGCCCACAACCACGCCUACUGAGACAUCAUCCACAACCACAUCAACCACCCCAAUAACCACCACCACUCCUACUCAGACGCCAAAAUUGCCCACAACCACGCCUACUGAGACAUCAUCCACAACCACAUCAACCACCCCAAUAACCACCACCACUCCUACUCAGACGCCAAGUACAACUACAGCACCCCCUACCACUACCCCGGUUCCAACCACAACCACAGAACUGCCCACAACCACUACUGAGGCAUCAACCACAACCACAUCAACCACCCCAAUAACCACCACCACUCCUACUCAGACGCCAAAUAGAGUUUUUCCAUUGGGACUGUCCAUCAACUACAACCACAGCAGUGCCAACUACAACCACAGUAGUGCCAACUACAAGCACAGCAGUGCCAACUACAACCACAGUAGUGCCAACUACAAGCACAGCAGUGCCAACUACAAGCACAGCAGUGCCAACUACAACCAUACAAAGCACCACAACUUCUCCACAUGCGACUCUUGGUGGAUAUGCAAUUGUACCCAGGCCAUAUGCAUUACAAAUGACACAUGGGAGGUGGUUCCUGUCGAGUGCGUACCACCACCUGAGCCCCAAUGCUCCAAUAAGCUGGCCCCUGUGCGAGUGUUAGAUGACAACGGGUGCUGUUGGCACUGGGAAUGUGAUUGCUACUGCACAGGCUGGGGAGAUCCUCAUUAUAAGACAUUUGAUGGCUUCUACUACAGUUACCAAGGAAAUUGUACCUAUACCCUGGUGGAAGAGAUUAACAAAAAAGUAGACAAUUUUGGGGUCUACAUAGACAACUACCAUUGUGAUCCACGGGAACCCGUUUCCUGUCCUCGCACUCUCAUUGUGAGGCAUGAGACCCAGGAAGUGCGUAUAACAACAGUCAGAGAGGUCCCCAUGAAAGUACAGGUGCUCAUAAAUGGGCAGACCGUGGCUCUGCCUUACAAAAAAUAUGGUUUGAAAGUCUAUGAGGUGGGUGUAAAUCAAGUGGUGGAAAUUCCUGAACUUAAGAUGAAUGUGACCUACAAUGGAAUGGCCUUCACAAUUAGACUGCCCUAUCAACUAUUUGGCAAUAACACCCAGGGACAAUGCGGCACAUGCACCAACAACACAGCUGAUGACUGUAGGUUACGCAAUGGAACUCUUGCCUCUUCCUGUGAAGUAAUGGCAGAUAACUGGAUUGUUAAUGACCCAUCGAAGCCCCAAUGCUUUCCACAGCUCCCACCGUCAGGACCAACGCAAGCCCCACCUUUGUCUCCCUGCAAACCUUCUCCUCUCUGUGAGCUCCUACGGAAAGGUGUAUUCGAGAAAUGUCACGGGGCUGUUGUGGCCCAGAACUACUAUGAAGCUUGCUUAUUCGAUAGCUGCCGCAUUCCUAACCGUAACAUAGAAUGUGCAACUCUUCAGAUCUAUGCAGCGACCUGUGCAGAUCAAGGUGUAUGCAUUGACUGGAGAGAGUUCACCAAUGGUUCCUGUUGUAAGUACCCAUGCCCAUCAAACAAAAUCUACAAGGCAUGUGGUCCAUCUGAAGAGAAGACUUGCAAAUCUGGUAGCAUAACAGUAGCGAAUGAAACACAAGUGGAAGGUUGUUUCUGCCCUGAAGGGACAACGCUUUAUGACUCUGGUGUGGAUGUCUGUGUAAAAACCUGUGGAUGUGUUGGACCAGAUAAUAUACCAAGGGCGUUUGGAGAGACCUUUGAGUUUGACUGCAAGGACUGUGUCUGCCUGGAAGGAGGUGCUGGCAUUAUCUGUGAGGACCAUAAAUGCCCUCCGGCAGUAGAUGACUCGCAGUGUGAAGGAGAAGGGUUCUACAAGAUCUCUGAAGUCAACCCUGAUGACAAAUGCUGUUCUAAAACAACUUGUGCUCCCAAAGGGGUUUGUGUGUCUAAUGGUGCUGAAUACAAGCCUGGUUCAAAAGUCUUAGGGGGCGAGUGCCAGGACUGUGUCUGUACACACGAAUGGAACAACAGCACUAAUCUGAAAGCUAUUCACUGUGACCACAUUCCGUGCAGCGUGUCAUGUGAAGAACCUGGUCAACGCCGGAGUGAUCCAAAAAAUAACUGCACUAUUUAUUCCUGUGUGAGCAUCAAUGGACAGUUGAUCUCCUCUACUUCCACAAUUAACUGCCCAUCCUUUAAUGAGACAAUAUGUGAACCUGAUACUAUUACUUAUUUACCUAAUGGCUGCUGUAAAACAUGCAUUCCUAAGGAACCACAAACACCACCACCAUGCUCUCUGACUGUAAUAAAGGACAAGAUCAAAUACAAUGGUUGCAGUUCUGUGGAACAGGUCUCUGUGUCUCAGUGUCAGGGAACAUGUGGAACUUACUCACGGUACUCUGCUGAAGCGAACUCAAUGCAACACAAGUGCAGGUGCUGCAGGGAAGAAAAGACAACCAAGAAGGCAGUCACACUGACAUGCCCCGACGGAAGCAGCCUGACACACCUCUACCUCCAUGUGGAAAGCUGUAAAUGUCAAAACACGGAAUGCAACGAGGCAGCCUCAUCAGAACAGACCAGUGCGAAACGUCGCAGGAGGCAGUUGACGAGGGAGUGA